AGGGGACGGUAAUAACACACUGAAUAGGCUCUUGCUCUGUUUGAACUGCCUUUUGUUUGCCUUCUCCUGCACUAUUCUCUGUGUAUGUCUGCGCGGAUUGUCUUUGUGGUGAACCCUCGUCACUGUGCAUCAUGGGGCCGGGCCUCUCUCCUCUGCUGUGGGCCUGUGCUCUGCUCCUGCCCCUGGUCUCCUCUGUGAGUCUGCCCCCUCAGACGCCUCAGGAUCACAGCAGCCUGUCAGAGCGCCCCAAACUCCUCUUGGUCUCCUUCGAUGGUUUCCGCUGGGACUACAUCGACCGGGUCCCCACUCCAAACUUCCACGCGCUCAUGAAAGAAGGAGUCCAGGUGGAGCAGGUUCAGAACAUCUACAUCACCAAAACCUUUCCCAACCACUACAGCCUCGUGACCGGCCUGUACGCCGAAACGCACGGCGUCGUAGCCAACGAAAUGUACGACCCCGCCUUGAACCUGUCCUUCUCCAUGGAAACGGACAGCGUCUACGAUCCGAGAUGGUGGGACGGAGCUGUUCCUCUCUGGGUGUCUGUACGGAAAGCGGGAGGGAGGAGCGGAGCGGCGUGUGGCAUGUGGCCAGGCUCCGACGUGAAGAUCCAUGGGACUUACCCGAAUCAAUACCUGCCCUAUAACGCUUCUGUUGACUUUGAGACAAGAGUACAGAGAAUCAUCGAGUGGUUCUCAGCCCCUAAGGAGGAGGCGGUGGAUUUUGGAGUUUUAUAUUGGGAGGAACCAGAUGAAAGUGGACACAUGCUCGGUCCGGAAAGCCCUCUCAUGGACGGGGUGAUCGCGGAUAUUGACGCGCGCUUGGGGUUUCUGAGGGAGGAGCUGAAGAGGGCGGGGCUCUACGAGGAUUUGAAUCUGAUCGUGACCAGUGACCACGGGAUGAUGCAGCUGUCCAACGAGAAGAUCAUCGAACUGGACGAGUACGUCAGCAGAGAUCUGUACACGUGGAUCGACAAAAGUCCUGUUGUAGGAAUAAUCCCAAAUGAAGGGAAGUUUGAGGAGGUGUACACUAAACUCCUGGACGCAAACCCAUACAUGGCCGUGUAUAAGAAGGAAGAGAUCCCUGUGCGCUACCAUUACCAGCACAAUCUCAGGAUCAUGCCCAUUCUCCUGGAGGCGCAGGAGGGCUGGAGCAUCAUGCAGAACAGAACUGCUCCCUUCAUGCUUGGUAACCACGGCUACAACAACUCCUUACGUAGCAUGCACCCGGUCUUCGUUGCCCGUGGACCCGCCUUCCGCCAGGAUUUCGUGCAACCUUCAAUGGAGUCUGUCGACCUGUACCCUCUCAUGUGCCACAUCCUCUCCCUCCGCCCUCUCCCCCACAACGGCUCCCUAUUUCGUGUCAAAGAUCUUCUGUCCCACCCUCCCCCGACCCCGGUGCCGAGCCCUCCACCCAGGCCUUCCGAGUACUCGUACGCCCCUGUGAUCGGCACCGUCCUGGUGAUGGGUUUCCUGGUGUUCUACAUUAAAGCGGUCACCAUUAAGCAGUUGCCAGUGUUACCGAAAGGAAGCAAAGAGAUGUCCCAGCCCCUUUUACGAGAGUACGUGACGAAUACGUAAACCUGCACUUUCUGGAGACACAGAGAGGUUGUGUCAGUGUGAAACAUAUAUAAUAAUAAUAAUAAUAAUAAUAAUAAUAAUAAUAGAAGAAGAGCGUGUGUUGCUCCAUAGAACUGUCCAGAAGCAUUCCCUGAUCAAGUCAUUCACAAUAACUGCCACUGUGCUGCUUUUUAAUCCACAUCAACCAAGGAAAUAUGAAAAUAAAAUCCUGGGUUAAAGGCCAUUGGGUCAGUCCAUAUGAAAUCAGCCAUUUUCAAGGAAUCUCCCCUUUAAGCCAUCUCAGAUUUGGCUGAAAAAAUGUCUAAAAAUGUCUAAAAUCUCAAUUAGCUCAAUCCCUUGAGUCAUUCCUGAGUUAUGUCCCGUUGAAAUUUUGGGGCCAUGCUCACUUUUUUUGAAGCCUUAAUUGAUAAGCAGGAUUGAGAAACCAUAACUUCAUCAAAAAUAGAGCUAGGAAACUGAAAAAUCGUAUUAUUGUAGAUUCUUGGGUAGAUCCACACGGGGAACCGAGGGUCUAAAGAAGGGGCCAAAAAGAUCACAUUUGGUCUGUGACAAUAUUUGGGACGCCACAGUAUCUUCCACAUAAAAGCUCAGAAAAGUGUGAGAUUGUUGUCAGAAAUGGUCAUUCUCUCAAAUAUUCAGGUUCAGCAGUUAGUUUGUAAAUAUCUGCUUGGAGUAAAUAGAUCUUGGACCUCAAAAAUUUAAAAAAAAAAUUAAAAAAAAAUUGAGCAGCAACCAAAUGUGAGAUUUUGGGGGCCUACAUCAUCCCCUUAAUAAAGAUACCCAGUAUUUGACCACAGAUUCAGAAUCUAUGACCUAGAAUAAUACAAUAAUACAAAUUUUCAGCU